CCUCGAAAUAACUUUGAUCUGAAAGCGUUUCGUACGCGAUUCGUUAUUCUAUCGAGUUCUUCGUUUAAACACUGCUUCGCAGUGUUCUAAUUCAUUAAAUUCAUACAAAGAUCAAAGUUAUUUCUAAAGAACUCAAAGAUGACGUGUGGUGAUUCCGUAAGAGAUUUGAGCAGCAAGUUCUCAAAGUUAGAAAAGUUCGAAGGCCAUGACUUCCGUCGAUGGCAGAAGAAGAUGCACUUCCUUCUCACAACAUUGAGGGUUGUGUAUGUACUGAGCACGCCUAUGCCGCAGAUCAUGGAUGACGAUACACUGGUAGAGACGAGUAUUAUAGACAAACUACUUCCUUUGUGGAAAGGAUGCAAACGUGAGUUAAAGCAUAACAAGGAGGAAAUGAAUCUGGUGCAACUUGGAACCCAUCUUCGGAUUGAGGAGUCCAUCCGAGAUCAAAAGGGAAAAAAGGUGAAGGACAUAGCCGGUCCAUCGUCCAUCAACAUGGUCAAAGACGAAGGUUUCACCAAGGUGAAGAAUAAGUCUAAGGGUAAAAAGCGCAAGUCCAGAAAUACACCCAAACCUGCAAAUAAAAAGGCUAAAAUGGGUUGUUGGAAGUGUGGGAAACCAGGCCACUUCAAGCAGAAUUGUCGGAUUGGCAAACGGGACAAGGAUACAAGUAAGAGUGGUUCCGGUCAAGGAACCAAGGCCCAAAACAAAUCAGAAGGAGAGUUGAAAAAAGGUGAAAGUUUACCAUAAUACCCUUAAUGAAAAAUGGGUGGAGUGUAUUAAAUGAGGUGGGUGAGGUGUAAUAAAUAAAGUAAGUGGGG